AUGCCUGAUUUCAAGUCAGGUCAGAUUGUGCAGCUAAAUGAUGGCCGGAGAGCCACGGUGCGAUUUGCCGGCCAAACCAGCUUCCAGGUGGGCGAGUGGAUAGGGGUCGAACUUGAGGCCAAGACGGGCAAAAACGAUGGCAGCGUUCAGGGACAGCGCUACUUCGACUGCCCGAUGGGCUAUGGCAUGUUUGUCAAGCCUAUGAUGGCCACGAUCAUCGCGCAGCCCCCUGCUGCUGUCAGACCUGGAGUAAAGAAAGCCGCCCGUCCAAGCAGCUUUAUCAAUGGCACCGCCAACCGCCCCUCUCUUGCAAAUGAUGCCUCUUUAAACAGACGGAAAAGCCUUAAUGCCCCGAGCCCGAGCCCGGUUUCCAGAACAACACGUCCUGCUAGCAUCGGAAGACUCCCAGGCUCUGCUUCUCCCACAAAAUCUCCCACAAAACCUUUGAGUGCUGCAUCUAGUGCCACAGCCUCGCGAACCGGAACACCCUCGAACGCCAGAGUUGCAUCGGCCGGAGCGCGCACUCGUACCACAGUUCCUGCACAGCGGACGUCUAUGGGACCUCCCGCGGUUCCUGCAGUACGAACCACGAGACAGCCUUCAGUAUCCUCUGUAGCUUCGCGUGGAAGCGUAUCGCAUACCCGUUCGGCGAGCGGUAGAGCUCCAAACGUCGCUGGUCUACGCCAUACAGACUCCGCUCGACGCCCUUCGGCAGACUCGCAAGCUGGCUACGAGAGUAAUACGGGCUCACGGAGUGGCGAGACUGCUCCAAAUUCACCUUUGAAAUGCGAUGCAGGGAUAUUGUCGCCUCAGCCAAAGAGUCCCGUUAUGGCGAGAACGAAUAACUUGGAGAAAAUGGCCGCUGCAUCUUCAGUAACGCAAAAGCCAACUACUCCGGCAGGCAUGCCUCGCUCAGUUUCCGGCGGCCUCUUGAACAAAGAAGUCGAAGAUUUGAAGGCGAAGCUGAAAGUUUUGGAGCGAAAACGCCAGGAGGACCGGGAUAAACUAAAACAAUUGGACAAGAUACAGGCAGAACGAGACAAGUUCUCUGACGUCAUUCAGAAGCUGCAAUUGAAGUACCAACCACAGCAACAAGAACUGCUGGAGCUCCGAAAGCAGCUGAAGGAAGCCGAACAUCGAUUUGACUCGGUGGAAGCUCUCCAGGCCGAUCACGACGCUGCGUUGGAAUUGGCAACUCUUGAUCGCGAAAUGGCAGAGGAGAAUUAUGAGGUAGCGAAAGUUGAGCUUGAAGCCGUGCAUCAAAAGGUUGAGGAGCUUGAACUGGAAGUCGAGAUCCUGCGAGAGGAAAAUGCAGAGUUUAGCAAAGGAAUCACGCCAGAGGAAAUGACAAGCGCAAACUGGAUGCAGAUGGAGCGGACAAAUGAGCGUCUCCGUGAGGCCCUCAUUCGACUACGAGACAUUACUCAUGAGCAAGAAGAAGAUUUGAAAGCCCAAAUCGCUCUACUUGAAGAGGAUGUUCGCGACUUUGGCACCAUUAAGGAAGAGCAUGAUAAGAUCAAGGAGAAGCUGCAACAGUCCGAAGCUGCAGUGGAUGAUCUACGCUCGCAGUUGGAUACUGCUCUUGGUGCCGAAGAUAUGAUUGAAGAUCUAACAGAACGGAAUAUGAGUCUGUCGGAGCAAAUGGAAGAGUUGAAGGCUGUGAUUGAGGAUUUGGAGAGCUUAAAAGAGAUCAACGACGAACUCGAGAUCAACCACGUACAGAAUGAGAAAGAGCUUCAAGAAGAGCUUGAUUUCAGAGACAGUGUUAUCGCCGAGCAAGCUCGCCGUUUCGCGCAGCAAGAGGAAAAUUUUGAGGACAUGGAAUAUACCCUCUCCAGAUUCCGUGAGCUGGUCACGAACUUGCAGACAGAUUUGGACGACAUGCGAGCCUCGCAGGCUGUCACGGAGGGUGAAUCGGAGAAGCUCAAUGACCGAUCGCGCGCCAUGAUGGAUCUUAAUAUGAAGCUGCAGAUUUCGGCUGCCAAGGCCCAAGUCAAAACAAUCGACCUCGAGAUGCGACGUCUUGAGGCCCAAGAGGCUGAGCAGCACCUUGAGAUUGUAAAGCUCUUUCUCCCCGAUACAUACAGGGAAGAGCAGGACUCUAUUCUUGCACUACUUCGCUUCCGCAGACUUGCCUUCAAAUCUAAUCUGCUUGGCGGAUUUAUCAAGGAGAAGCUCAACGGACAACCCCAGUCAGGCCACGAGGACGAUAUAUUUGCCGGCUGCGAUGCCGUUGAUAAGCUGACAUGGGUUGCGACAAUGUGCGAGCGAUUUUUCAACGAUAUGAACCACUGCUCUAUGGCACAGUUUUCUAAUUACCGGAAUGCUUUGCUCGAAGUUGAGCCUGUCGAGCGUGCUCUCAACGGUUGGAUAGACAGUCUGCGCAAGGACGAACUAAAGGAGAAACAGUGUGCCGAAGCAUUACAGCGAACCAUUGCAUUGAUGUCACACCUAGGCGAAGUGCAUCUCACCGAUGACGCAUCUGGCUACGCUGACGAAGCUCACAUGAAGGCCGUCGUUGUUCAGAGCCACUUGGAAUCCGCUGCGACGUCGUUGAAUGCCACUCGUGCCAUGAUCGAGCGGGUCACUGCAGUUGAGGGUGCUGAUGAAGAGAUGACACAGCUGCUCGCGAAGAAGUUUGAGACUGUCGUCACACAGACGCGAAGUAUCAAGGUUAUUGCCGGCAAGGCCGUUCGCGCGUUAGAGGACCUCAAGACAAGAUCGCUCUCUCUGCCAUCAGAGAGCCGCGAUUUGUUCGAAUCAUGCCGAACAGCCAGCGAAGGCAUCGCAACACUUUCCCGAAAGAUUGGCACAAGUCUCCAUGCACUUUUCACGCAGGACGAGGGACGUACCUCCUACACACACGCUGAUGUGCAAAACGCCAUUCAUACCGCAGUGCUAGAAGCUACCUCUUGCAGCGAAUCUGACAUGUUCUCUCAGUAUCUUUCGCAACUGCGCAGCAUGCAGGCGCUUGUAUCGGAAGUCGUUGGCUUGGCCACAGAUCUUGGCCAAACUCGCGAGUUUGAUGUGAGCCCUGCACCGUGGAAACUCCGCUCGCAGGAGCUCAAAGCUCUGAAGGCUGUGCCUGUUGACGCCGAGGAAGAGCUGAAACGCCUCAAGGAAGAACAUAGCGAAGCUCGCCGAACUAUUGCUCAGCGCGAUGAGCACCUCAGCACAGCUGCUCUUAAGAUUGAGACUCUGGAAUCCCGCAUGCGUGAUGCACAGGCAAACAUAGAACGCAUCAAUGCUCUGCAACAGGACCUUGCAAUUUCUACAGAACAGGCUACCAGUCUCAAGGACGACAUCCAGAAGCAGGACCGAGAAUUGAAGAUGCUUGAAUCGGAGCGCGACAAAUGGAAGAAGAUUGCAAGCGACAGUCGCGCCUAUGCCGAUGGUGCUGAUGCAGCUGGUAACAAGGCUGGGCAGGAGCGCGCCGUUGCCACAGCACGUGAAAUGGACGCGCUUAAGAAUGAUAUUGAAAGCUUGCAAUCUGCGGUGCGCUACUUGCGCGAGGACAACCGUCGGGCUCGACUAACAGAGCAGCCAAACUACGACUGGCUCUCCGAGCCACUGAAGAAACCAGUCAGCGCUACUGAACAGCGCAAAGCCCUGGUCAUUGCUGAGGGCAAGGACGUGCUGAGUGAGCUUGUCAAGAUGACAUCCUCGGCCGGCAUCUUCAACUACGGCUCGAUUCCCAAAGACAGGCUGGCAUGGCGGUCGGCCAAGACGACGCCACAGUACCACGUGGCAAAGCAGACUGAAGAUUUUGCCGCAUGGAAGUCGUGGCAAGACUCGGUGCUGAGGAAGAGCGAGUCGCUUCUUGCGCCCACUGUCCGCGGCGCCAAUCCCACUCGGCCAAACCCAGCCGCAACGCUACAGAUCCGCCUGCCUGGGCUUGACGGCAAGGUGCUUAAAUCCGGCUCUCGAAACAGAGUGCAAAUCUUAGGAUCGCGUGAGUGGGAUGCGCUGCAGAGCGCAAGAGUUGCCGCUGUAUAA